AUGGUCAUACAGGAAAGUAAAAGGCAGAUAAAAAUUACGAGUGACUCGGUUGAGGGCGAGGCCAGUCGCAAACGUGCGUUAUCAGCCAGCGCGUUUUUCGAAGUCAUGUCGUCCCAAAACGCGAACGCGCGGUUUUCGCGAAGAGACGCGCGGGAGAAGACGCGAGAAAGGUCGAGGAGACUGCGAAGCGAAAACCGAACCAAGAUCACCAAGUCGAUCGGGACGGCCUUCUGCGCCCUCAGAGAGGUCCGAAGCACGGCACGCAAGACACUGGCGAACGUCAAAUCUGUGGUCGAAAACAUCUCCAACAAAUGCCUACCGGGAGCUCGUACCCGUACAAGGUACCGUCUUCCUCCAGGGCCGUACUCUCCCUUGCACUGCCAGACGCCCGUCAAGUUGUACUCACCUUUUGGCAUUGAGACGCCCAGUCCUGCCACACCUCAUCGCAGGACACCCAGUUGCCGGACACCCAAAACGCGUGCAUUGGGAACGCCCGCCAGGAAGUUGAGAGAGGAAUUGAAAGAGAUCGAGGCGGGUAUCGGAGAGCUGCACACGGUGGCCGAGAAGGUCUCCAAGAGACACGCCAAGAAGACUUGAACAGCGCUGUGCCUUCUGUCGCAAGGUUCAUGGAGUAUGCCAAAGCCAAUGCACCCACCGCUGAAAUAUAUGUUAAGCAUGCAUUUUCUGAGGCAUUAGCAUUUAGCCAUUAUCUACAAAUGUAUGCAACUUCAUGUAAGCCACUAACAUUUUUAAGCAUCUGGGCUGGCAUAUGCAACCUAUGGUUAGUUAUGACGUCAGAAAUAGAAAAAUAACCUCGGCCGUGUCGCGUCUCACAGAAAGGUAAUUAGCACAAAUGCUCACUCAGUCACAUUUGCCCAUUCUCGUGACAUUAAGCGCAUCUCAUGUUUAAAAUGGCUGACUUUGCCAUGUGUAGAUACUAUAUGUUUGCGUUGCUGGCUUUACGCUGAAAACUCGGAUAUCCUGGCAAAUUUUAUUGUAGAUUCUGAACAUCACCAUUCACCCAAACGUGAGACGUUGGCUAGGAAUGACAUUUUAUUGCCUAUACAUGUUCCAUUUAUGUUAGCACAGAAAAAGUACUUGCCCAUCAGAUGUAAACAAGCCUGCCAGCGGAUGGCAGUGAGAUUGCAGACCUUUGUGCCAAAGCAAUUUCUGUAUGAAACGUCACGUUGUUGGCUUCCAGCUUGAAGCAGCACGUGUCUAUGUAGUAUGCUGCCAUUCAUGGGAUACCUGGUUGCCAGUGUAUGGCACAUUUCAACCAGAGGCUGCGUUACCAUGAUGGCCAAUAUUAUUUUGUUUAUCCGUAGGCAGAAACGUAUUUAACAUAGUUAAUUUUUUUGUUCUUUGAUGAGAACGCAAAAAAUUGGCUCAGCGAGGCCAGAGUAGCUAACGCUACAAAAAACAGUGUCUGACCGUGUUCUGGUUGCUGAGAUUACACUUACCAGGGCAGUUAUUGCUGAUCAUGUCUCAAGUAACUUACUGCUAAGUUUUAAUACGCUCAUAACUGCAGCUGUGCUGGCCAUUAUGCUGCUUUCUCAAUUUUGACAACUAUUUUUUUAGGACUUUUUUUGCAUGUACAUUGUUAACAUUAGUAUUUUUUUAUGUAUACACAAACAAAAGCCUGCUCUGCCAAAUUACCAAGGGACCGACGUGCCAAGCACGUUGUAGAAGGGUUUGCAGAAAGGCGCAAGGUUGUGUCGGCCGACGCAGUGAUUAGCUCAGCUAAGUUCGAAAACUGCACGUCGUGUAGCUAGUGUGCCUGAAGGCUGGCUUUUAUAGUGUUACGUUGUACUUUAGACUCCAGCAAUUUUAUUUAUUAGGCAGCUGCUGUCACAUUGUUGCAUGUUGUGUAUGUCACCUAUACUCAACGAAUAAAACGUUUUACACAUUCUA